AUGUACUCGUUUCAAAGCUCCAAGAUUUUCAUCAUCUUUCUAUCCCUCGUUUCUCUAUUCCCCUCUUUCGCUCUGUCCUCCUAUUCCCCUCAGUUGGAAAUUCUGUAUUGGCCUGUCUCCAGCCGCGAACCCUCGGUACUUGCGCAUAUCUCCUAUGAUCCCGCAUCGCUUAAGUCGGACCUAAUCAACUAUUCCCCUCCUGCCAACCUGUCACAGAAUCCAGUCCGCGUAGGCUUCUAUGCUACGACACCCACAAAUCAGAAGCACUGGGUAGGCACAAUCGCGGCUUCAUCCUCGCUGAGGGGCGGCGAUAUUCAAAAACCACGCCUCCGCCUACAUAUUAAUCCUUCCAACGAAAUCUAUCAUGUCUCUUUGAGCUCUGCAACCGCAUCUAUAUCCUCAGCCGACAAUCUCCUACUUGAACUUGUGACGGAUGAAUCUGGGCCCCGUCCACAUCUCAACCGUCCCAUUGUUGUUGGUCCAGAUGGUAAGAAACCGCAGGAAGAACCCGAGAAGACUUUGUUUCAAAAGUGA